CAAUUUACCGCUAUCUGCAGACGGAAUCUACACAUAAAAGCAAGAUUCUAAUGGUUUGUGAAUGGCUGACGUAAAUAGUCGGUGUGUAAUGAAUUAAGGAGGUUUGUUACUAAAAGAUGAAUGAAAGGUGCAGGGAUAGUGAAAGUCCGAACGAAAAAACAGUUCUUUUACUUGAGCCGUUUUACGGAGGUUCACAUAAACAGCUUAUGGACACUUUAAUCCAUGGUUUAAAUGAUGGAAGGAAAAUUAACUCAACAUUCCUAAUAUCCUUGCCAGCAAAGAAAUGGCACUGGAGGGCACGAACUAGUGCAUUGUACAUAUCACAAAUAAUACCAAAGAAACAUAAUUUCAAGGUUUUGUUUGCCAGCUGUGUACUAAAUCUUGCAGAGCUGGUUGCAUUACGUUCAGAUCUGUCCCAUAUUAGAAAGGUUGUCUAUUUUCAUGAAAAUCAACUGAUAUAUCCUGUCAGAAAAGAGAAGGAUCGGGACUUUCAGUAUGGAUACAAUCAAAUCUUGACAUGUCUUGUGGCUGAUAUUAUAUUGUUCAAUUCUAAGUACAAUCAAGAUUCAUUCUUGGACUCCAUAAGCAAGUUCCUCAAGUUACAACCAGAUUUUCGUCCCAAGGACCUGAAACAGCAGAUCGCUCCAAAAUGUAGAGUCCUCUACUUUCCAUUGAAGUUCCCUUCACUGGGACCUUUGAGAGAUUCAGACAACACAGUUCUCCAUUUAGUUUGGCCACACAGGUGGGAGCAUGAUAAAGAUCCUGCAACAUUCUUCCAUAUGUUGUUGAUGCUGGUGGAUGCUGGGCUUAACUUCCAUGUGUCAGUGCUUGGUGAAUCAUUUUCUGAAGUUCCUCCAGUGUUUGCUGAGGCUCGGACUCGUCUGGGCAAUCGGGUUGUCAACUGGGGUCACCAGAAAACAAAACAUGAAUAUUAUGAAAUACUAAGACAUGCUCAUAUUGCUAUAUCCACAGCUAAGCAUGAAUUCUACGGGGUGGCAAUGUUGGAAGCAACAUAUUAUGGAUGCUUUCCUCUGUGUCCAAACGCCUUAGUUUAUCCAGAGCUAUACCCAAAUGAAUGCCUUUACAAUAGUGAACAAGAACUCUUUAAAAUUCUUGAGAACUUUUGUCAAAAUCCAAAUUUGGCAAGACAUAUGAGACAUAGUCUUAAAAUGGAUUUCAAACGUUUCAGUGUUGAAUAUCUACUCAAUGAAUAUAAGCAUGUUCUGUUGCUAGACUGAUAAGGCAAAUACACAAAAUACAACACCA